AUGGAAAUGUCCGAGGACUGUUGGGAUCACGUGGGACUGCUCCACGACGUCUCCGCCGCGGAACCACCUCCGCCACAACCCACCAACGACUUCUUAAUUCAUCAUCAGGAGCUGCUGGUGAGUGGCGGGCAACCGACUACGGCGACGUCGCCGGCGAUGUCGGGGGGUGCGUUGAGCCCAGGUGCCCUAUCGCCUUCGUCUACGGCGACAACGACGACGGGGGUCGGGCCCGCGGGUACCGGCGGCGCCACGACCCCCGUGGGUGGUGCCGCCACCGGGCCCGGUUGCUGCGAGAAUGGUAGACCUAUGAUGACGGACCCUGUGACGGGGCAAACGGUGUGCAGCUGCCAAUACGACAACGCCGCGAGAUUUGCGUUGAGCACUUAUCCUCGGAUACCCACCGCGACCUCCUACUCCUCCUACCCCACGCCGACGCCGUCUACCACCGACCAGGGGCCUUACCCCAGCAUCGGCAUGGAUAGUUCUGCAUUCUAUUCGCCAUUGGGUAAUCCGUACGGGCUGAAGGACGCGACGGGGAUGGGCAUGACGGCGGACAUGGGUGCUGCCUGGGGCACGGCCGCCCUUCAACCUGCCGCCACGGGUUACUACCCUUACGAUCCAACCCUGGCCGCCUACGGGUACGGCGCUGGAUACGACCUAGCCGCGCGGCGGAAGAAUGCCACGAGGGAGUCGACGGCAACCUUGAAGGCUUGGCUGAACGAACACAAGAAGAAUCCGUAUCCGACGAAAGGCGAGAAGAUUAUGCUGGCUAUCAUCACAAAGAUGACGUUGACCCAAGUCUCCACUUGGUUCGCGAACGCGCGGAGACGUCUCAAAAAGGAGAACAAGAUGACUUGGGAACCGAAGAACAAGACGGACGACGAUGACGACGCGGUGCUCACCGAUUCCGAGGAUAAUAAGGAAAAGGACGAUCUCGCGUCGGACAACAGAGGCGACCGGGUUGGCGAAGAGGCGAGGCGAGGCCUCGACGAUACCGAACCAAUGAGGCAUGUGAAAGCGGAACUUUUGCAGCAUGAAAAGGAUCUUGACGAUGAGGACGAGUUAGAUCUCGAGGACGACCGCCGACGGAGUGAGCAUCCCUUUCAUCACACGAUGCAGCACCACCAUCACCACCACCAAGGUUAUGGCGGUGAGGACCAUCUGAAGGAAGAGGGUAUCGUCGGACUGUACAAGUCGGACUGUAGCGCGGGCGGUGUACCGAUCCCCGCGACGAAACCCAAAAUCUGGUCCCUAGCGGACACAGCGGCGUGUAAAACGCCGCCGCCACCGUCGCAUCCUCACCAUCAGCAAUAUCACCAUCUGCAUCAUCAGCAACAUUACCCUCAGCAGCAGCAGCAACAUCACGUGCCCAAUCAAGGACAUCAUCAUCACUCGCAACAACCAUGGCUCGGUCCAGGAGGCGCGGGAGGUGGCGCUGGCGGCGAUAGUGGUGGCGGCGGGGGUGGAGGAAACUUGGGAAGUUCGUUCGCUCUGCCCUCCUCGGCGGGAAUGAGCCCGUCGGCGGCGGCGACAGCGCCAUAUUCAGGCGCUGCCGCGAGAUACGGUGGCUUCCUCUCGUCUUCGUCCGGCGGCCAGCUCCAUUACAAUCCAAACUCAUCGUCGGGCUCGAGUUCGAGCGCAUCCUCCUCGGCAGCGGCAGCGGCGGGGUUUCCAGAAGUUGGUACGGACACUCCACCCCAAACACCUCCCAACAUGAAGGUGGCCACGCCGAACGGAGUGAUCCAGGCACCGCCGGGGGGUUACUGUCCUGGUGGCAACGCCGCUAGUGCCACCACUAAUGGCAAUCCUAAUAUCCCCUAUGGCGCAAAUCAUCCCGGUGGAGGUGGUUACCUGUCGACGAGCUCGGGCUCGGCUAGCAGUGCCUCGUCUUUCAAUUCUCGGCUACAGAGCUCACCGCAUAAGGACUUUUCGCCAGUCGGUCAAAAUUCCAUUCUCCACCAGCAUCAAACCACUGCCAGCUUACCACCUACGGAAGCUACCACCGCAUUUAAACCGUUUUACAAAGGCUCGCAAUCGAUGAGUAGUGGCUUCGUCUCGCCGGUUUAAGAGCCAGUGCCCGAGGUCGAGAAAACACGAUAGUCGUCUUUCCCAAAAAUAAAGCGGCGCUGUUGAGGGAGAGGUCAUGCGAGGAAGUCCUGCGGCCGGACUGUAAAUACGCGCUCCUGAGUGGUCUCGGGAUUUAUUAGCGUUAUCUCGACUUCGCGUCAGGGGCGGAGAAAGAGAGACAGAGGGAGAAGAAGAGAGCGAGAGAGAGAGAGAGAGAAAAGAAGGAAGGAAGUAAGUAAGGGAAGAGAGGAAGGUGGCCGACUCUUCGAGAUACAUAAAUCGUUCCCCGACUUCUGGAAGGCGCGACUUGGAAAAGACGUAUGAGGGGGUAGAAGAGCGACUGUGCGCGAAGCGAGAGUACGCGAGAGAGGAGGCGGCUUAGAGGAGAUUUAGGAAUUAGGAGAAUUACGUCAAAGUGCCUGCUUACGCACGGCUACGUACGGCGAAGCGACACCGAGGGCCGGGUAAGAAGAAAGUAUGGGGGCCGAGCGCGCUCGGGAUUUAUGUCCGACGCGUUCUUCCUCGGCGACGGCGGCGGCGGCGGCGGCGUGCCUGCUGCAAGCAAGAGCUGUGAGCCGCCAUAUUUUCGAUCGGUACCAUCGACCGCUGGCUGACGGCAAGAAGAUGGGUUUACGGGACACGGAGCAACCAACGUGUUGCGUCAUCCCGUCAUCGAAGCUGCUGAAGCAGGCUCGAGUAAGAGAGGGAGGUUUUCAAGUUACCCAGGCUCGAGUGGCCGAACACGAACUUUCCGCGAUCGUCUUCGAUGUUCGGAUGUACCGCCGGUACAUCGCACCUCACACGUACACUCACUCACACACACACGCAUCUCAUACACACACAAACACACACGUAAUCGUGAGUCCUUUUCUUUUUUUUUUUUAGUCAAUACGUUUCAUUGCCGAUCGUUCAUUGCGACGCGACGUCUCGGGAUUUCCGGAAUGGCACUGCGCGUCGUCGAAUUUGUAAAUAAAGGACGAGCAAAUGCCGAUCACUUCGAGAAUCCGCAUUAAUGGCACUGAAGAUCGCGUAUACGUGUACAUGUACAGUACCUCCGACGACGGAAGGGGCGAAUCGUUUGCGAUAUUCCGCGUGUCGGCGGACGAGAAUGAUGCGCCACUUCCGAUCGCGAAUUAACACAUGGGCAACGUGCAAGGUAGCACUACUUCUUCGUUACGAGGUAACGGGGUCUUUCUUAACGGUCGUCGCUCGAAAUCGGUCAUUUAACUCGGCACAGACAGAGAGUUUCGGUGAAGAGGAGGAGGACGUUCGAGCGAAUAUAAUACUUCGACCAAGUCGCGCGCGGCACGAAUAUCGAGAGAGAGAGAGAGAGAGAGAGAGAAAAAGGAGAGAAGAGAAACACUCGAUCUACCUGUUGUAGGGUUAAGAUGAAAAUAGGGGAAAGACAGAUCGCGUAGCGCAUUACAAAGCUACUAUCGUUAAACUUACCACUAACUCCUUUAAUUAUCCGAAUGAAAUAUUAACGUAUACCCGAAUACCCGCAUAUAGAGAUGGAAUGAUAAAUAGUACACCUACGCAUUACACAUACACACACGGUGACACGCAAGUAACUCUAGGCCGUAGAUCUUAAGGCUGUACGUACUACAUCACGAAAUUUUAUCGGGGUGACGCGUCUUGAGAAUUUUCCAGAGAAAAAGGAAGAGAGAUCCUCGCCGCAGAGUAUACAUCCCUGUAUUAUAAGUAUAAACAAAUAUAUGUGGAUGGAGUAGGCGCAAUGCUUAACGCGCCGAACGAUAAUACUAACAGCGACGAGAGCGGAGAUACGAUGAGGAAAAUAAUAAUCGUUAAGGAUCAAAUUCGUCCCUUUUCGCGCGACAACCGUGCACUCGCGCAUCUCAGGUCAAGUCCGGGACAUCGGAGAGACGCAAAUUCGUCGUAUACAUUUGUAGUACAUGUUACAUUUGAUUGUUGCCUGAUGCUGUAUUUUGUUGUAUUUCUUGCAAUUAUCAAUUUCUUUUAUGAACAUUUUUAAGUUGUUGAUAUUCGCGUUGGUAUACUCUUGUUGAUCAGUGUUUUAUUCUUUAAGGGAAAGAAUAUUAUGGUUUUGCUCACACAAUUCCUAGGCGAGAGAUACGAGGACAUCGUGAAUGCGUGGCAUAAAAAGUGAAGGAAAUGCGGCGUGCACGGUGUUCGAAACAAAAAAAAAAUUGUUGAUAUUUUUUUAUAUUAUAUGUAUAUCGCGGGUCGUCCCUCUUUUCGCGGAGUCAGUCACGUUGGUGAUAAGAACCGAGAGACGCACGACACUAGUGUUUUGCGCAAAUUGCGAAAUGACUGUCUAGCUGCGUCUUAAAGGAAAAAAAAGGAGGGAAGUCGACUAUUAUUUUGUACUUUGGCGUAAAUGUAAAACGGAAGCGCACGCGAGUCAUCGUCGACGGUGUUGAAGGGGGAGCGUGUCGAAUGGAACUUGUACAUUGUUUUGUAAAGAAUACCUUUAUUUAUAUCUGUGAUAACGGGAGAGUUCAACGGAGGAAGAAAAAAAAGAGAGGGAAGCGAUAACGUAAGGCGUUCGCGGUAUCGGUAUACUCUGACGAAGACGGUCGGUGCUCGUGCAUUCGUUGACACGUAUAUCAUAGUAUAAUUAUAUAGAUACGGUAACGUUUUUUUGUAAAUAAUCAGAGAAGUAUAGAGAGAUAGGAAAAAAAGAGGAAACAGAAAGGGAAACAAGGGUAGAGUGUACCGCUUUUUUUUGCGGACGAUUCUAAUUAAACGAAGGCUAGAGAAAGGGGUAAAUAAAAAAAUUAUAUAAAUAUAUAAAUAUAACGCACGUUUUGUGUACAUUGUCGCACCUUCGUGAGAGAAUCUAUUUGUUGUGAAUAGUACACGUAAUAUGAUACAGAUAUAUGCUAUUACUAUUAGGUUUUAUUCGCUUGUUCGUACGGAUUCGACUGUAAAAUAAUUAAAUUGUACAUAGUCCUGAAUGUGAAUAUAAACAGAAAAAAAAUAUAUAUACAUGUGUAUGUAUACAAGCAUGUAUAUAUAUUAUUGCUAUUAUCACUAUAAUUUUUAACAUCGACAUAUUAUUUUUUUUUUUUAUUAUUUUAAUAUUGUCUGGUCGAGCAUUAUAGAAAUUCAUGUUAUACAAUAAAAAAAUAGCAAUAGUAAUAAUAUGUCGAUGUUUAUAAUAAUAAUAACAAUAGCAAUAUAUAUGUACAUACGUAUGCAUAUAUAUAUGUAUUAUUGCUAUUAUCAUUGAUUAUUAUUAACGUCGAUAUAUUAUUAUUAUUUUAUUAUUAUUAUUGUCUACUCUAUCAUUAUGAAUUCAUAUUAUAUUAAAAGGAAGACUAUAUUAUGUUGUACAUGCACGCUUUACACUUUUUUUCUCCGUCUACCUCAAUACCGCAUUAUGAAACAUUAUUCAGCGUUACUUUCCUCCGGUAUCGGCGUUAUUUGCAACGGCGACGAAGAUUUAUGAAUAAAAGACCACUUUAACGUCGUA